AUGUCUCGAAAUUUACACUCCCAAAACGUUUUAGGACAGUCGCUUUUCCAAAAAAUAAACGAAUGCCGUGUGCUAAUCAUUGGAGCUGGUGGGAUCGGAUGCGAGCUAUUAAAGAAUGUGGCAAUGAGUGGUUUUCUUCAAAUCGAACUGGUUGAUCUAGAUACAGUCGAACUUUCGAAUUUAAACCGGCAAUUUUUAUUUCAAAACCAACACAUUAAGAAAUCUAAGGCAAAAGUUGCACGUGAAUCCGCAUUAAAUUUUAACCCUGAUAUGAAUAUCAUUGCGCAUCAUGCUAAUAUCAAAGACAACCAAUUUAACGUUGAAUGGUUUAAACGCUUCGAUAUUGUGAUGAACGCAUUAGAUAACCUUGAAGCUAGACGCCAUGUAAACAUGAUGUGUUUAGUUGCUGAUGUACCAUUGAUUGAAUCUGGUACAGAAGGAUAUUUAGGUCAAGUGACAGUGAUUAAAAAGGGAAUAUCCGAGUGUUAUGAUUGCCAACCUAAACCAUUAAAAAGAACUUUUCCAGUAUGUACCAUUCGAAGUACUCCCUCCCAACCUAUCCAUUGUAUCGAAUGGGCUAAAAGUUAUCUUUUUAGUCAGUUAUUUGGACUACCUGAAGAUGAAGAUGAUGAACGUUUGGAAUCAGAAAUGACGGAUGACAAUGCGAAUGAAAUAGAUAAUCUUAGAAGAGAAACGCAAGCGUUAAAGCAAAUUAGAGCAGCAAUGGGAACGCUGGACUAUCCUCAAAGAGUUUUUAGAAAGGUUUUUACCGACGAUAUAAUUCGUUUACUUAGAAUGGAAGAUAUGUGGAGAAACAGGAAACCUCCCGUACCUCUAAUAUACGAGGACAUUGUAAAUUUAGUUACGGAAGGAGAUUCUGAUUUGAAUUACAUAGAAGAUUAUAAUAUGUUGAAAGAUCAACGAAUAUGGAGUCUAGCAGAAAACUUCGUUGUUUUCUUAGAUAGCGUUCGACGCCUAAGUAAUACAUUAUUAAAAAAACAAAACAGUAAUCCAAACGCUUCGCUUUUAUUUGAUAAAGAUGAUCAGGAUGCUUUGGAUUUUGUAACAGCAUCAUCCAAUUUACGAUCAAUUAUUUUUAGUAUUGAUGUGAAAUCACAAUUUCAGAUUAAAGCAAUUGCCGGUAAUAUUAUUCCAGCUAUUGCAACGACAAAUGCAAUAAUUGCAGGAAUGAUCGUGAUGCAAUCGUACAAAGUCCUAAGUGAAAAAUUCUCCGAUUGUAGAAAUGUGUUUUUAGAUAACUCACGACGACCACGAGUCCUUGUUUCCGAAAGUUUGACUUCACCAAAUCCAGACUGUCGUGUUUGUAAUAACACACACAUUAUUCUGAAAGUAAACACCAAAAUGGCAACUUUGCGUGAUUUUCUCGAAAGGGUGGUUCAUGAUGAUGAUGAAAUGGAUAUUAGUGAAGUUACAGUGGAAGAGGGUGGAAGGAUUCUGUAUGAUGUUGAAUAUGAUGAUAAUCUUGACUCUACUUUUGAGCAACUUCAAAUUACUGAUGGUAAAUUGGUUACCGUAAAGCCAGAAGAACAAAGUUCAUCUAUUUUUGCAAUUUCUCAUAGAGAAAACUUUGAAACGUCUUCGACAUGGUUUGAAAUCGAAGGUGUUUGUUUUGCUAAGAAUCGGAAUUCAGCACACAAAAGAAAGUUGGAAAUUGAUGCAAUCGAAGGAUCAUCUCGUAAACGUCAUGCGGUGGACGAGUCAACGGUCGAAGAUGACUCUGAUAAUGACACAUUACCGCGAGACGAUAUUAUCGAGGACGAGACAUUUGAAGGUGCGAUAUGCGAAGAAAAAAUAGUUUAUAAUAUCGACGAUGAUGAUGAUGAAGAAAAAAAAGUUUAUUAUAUCGACGAUGAUGAUGGUGAAGAAAAAAAAGUUUAUAAUAUCGACGUAGAAGAUGAAGAAGAAAAAAGAGUUUAUUAUAUCGACGAUGAUGAUGAUGAAGAAAAAAAAGUUUAUAAUAUCGACGAUGAUGAUGAAGAAAAAAAAAAAGUUUAUAAUAUCGACGAUGAUGAUGAAGAAAAAAAAAAAGUUUAUAUCAACGUAGAUGAUGAAGAAAAAAAAAAAGUUUAUAUCAACGUAGAUGAUGAAGGAAAAAAAAAUGUUUAUAUCAACGUAGAUGAAGAAGGAAAAAAAAAUGUUUAUAUCAACGUAGAUGAUGAAGAAAAAAAAAAAGUUUAUAAUAUCAACGUAGAUGUUGAAGAAGAAAAUAUUGAUAAAGAAGUAAUCAAAAAUGAUAAAAAAAAAAAUAGAGUUUGGGAACUUAUAGUCAUUGAUAAUUAA